ACUUGGCAUUGCGACGCAGGCACCGUGAGGUCGAGGUGACAUUUGUUGACUAAAAUGAGUUAUUAUUAUUUAUUCGUAUUGUUUUUAAUGCCGUUGUAACAUAUUUGAAUCGAGGUGGGUCAGUUAAAAUUCCCGCUGUAGUUUGUAUUCGUCUUGUGUUGUUUUGAUGGCAUGUGUCACCGCGCGGACUCACACUGCCCAAAAAAACAAAAACACUAUCCGCUUUCAAACUGGUUUCGUUUUCCUUCUGGGUUGAAACUGCUGCCAAAAACGACAGCUUAAAAACUGUUGUGUUUGAAGGAAGGCAACACACACGGCGGGGAGAAGAAGGAAGAAGACAUUUUCCUGUUCAAUUUUUUUCCCAAGACUUUGCUGCACGUUGACGUUCUAUCGCAGACAAAACGUCAGUGGUGUGUCUCUUUACGUCUCCAGAGCCAACAUGGACGUCAAUCUGGACGGCCUGUUCCGCCUGAACUCCAGCUACGACUACGGCGACGACUACGUGUACACGGACGACGACCCGGAGUCCCGAAGGGCCCGGGCGGUGUGGAUUCCGCUGGUGUACUCGGUGGUUCUGGUGGCGGGCCUGCUGGGGAAUGGACUGCUGCUGGCCUUUCUGGCGCAGAAGAAGCGAGCUUGGAGGACGUCGGACACCUUCGUCCUCCACCUGAGCGUCGCGGACCUCCUGCUCCUGGUGACCCUGCCCCUGUGGGCCGCCCAGGCCUCGCAGAGCUGCGGGUGGUGUGUGGGGCUCGCUCUCUGCAAGAUCAGUGGAGUUCUUUUUAAGCUCAACUUCUUCUGCGGGGUCUUCCUCCUGGCCGCCAUCUGCCUGGACCGCUACCUGUUUUGGGUCCACGCCACGCCGCUGUUUUCCCGCAGGAAGCCUAGGAUGACUCACCUCAGCUGCGCCUUGGCCUGGGCGUCCUCCCUGCUCCUCACCCUGCCCGACUGGCUCUUCCUGGCGCUGGAGCCCCACCCUUGGAAGGAGGAGUGGACCCAGUGCGUGCCCAGCCUCUACCCCGCCCACACGCGGCUGGCGUCACGCCUCCCUCAGCACCUCUUCGGCGCCGCCGCCGCCGCGGUGGUCUGCUGCUCCUGUCUGCUGCCGUGGCUCCGGCGCCCGCCCUUGAGCCUCCGGGACCAGCGGGCGGCGAUCACCACCCUCAUCCUGGCGGGCGUGUUCUGCUUCUGCUGGCUGCCGUACAACGUCACUCUGGCGGUGGACACCUUCGGCUCAUCCGCCACGAAGACCUCCCUGAUGGCCACGGCGGCGUUGGGCUGCGUCCACGCCUGCCUCAGGCCGCCGCUCUACUUCGCCGUGAGCGCGGCUUUCAGGACGUGGACGCUGGCGGCGCUGAGUUGCGCAAAAGUCGAACCCAAGGGGUCGGCGUGGGGGCUGGGGGUCGGCGAGGACGCCGUGCCGGAGCGGAACCCGGAGGAGGAGGCGGAGCUAAAACAGGUUGCGAAUGGGGAGCAGCAAGAGCUGUCAAAAGUGUCCUCCGGUGACUCGUAGCUGGAUCGAUCGAGUUGAACGUGUCGCCAAGGGAGGUUUGUGUCAUGCACGACGAGGUGUGGGUAUUUAUAGACAAUUAUAUUGCAACUGUUAUUUAUUUAACCGCCAUUUUUGUUACAUUUUGUUUUAAUGGCUCUAUUUUAACUAAUGUAGUUGCUGCUGUGUUACAAAGAAGGUCAUUUUCAUGCUCGUAUAUCCGCUACUUCGGUUUAAGAGCAGGCGAGUCCGUUUAUUCGGAACAUUUAUAAGCGUUCUCUAGUCUCGGUCCGAAUGAAUGAAUGGAAUUUAGUGUCAAACGCGUGCGAAAACUGUAAUUCCCAAACUUCACCACUAGGUGGAGCUGUUUAGUCUGAUGUACAAACCCCAAAACCAGUGAAGUUGGCGCGGAAAAUACAUCCAUCCCAUCCAUUUUCUACCGCUUAUUCCCUUUCGGGGUCGCGGGGGGCGCUGGCGCCUAUCUCAGCUACAAUCGGGCGGAAGGCGGGGUACACCCUGGACAAGUCGCCACCUCAUCGCAGGGCCAACACAGAUAGACAAACAACAUUCACACACUAGGGCCAAUUUAGUGUUGCCAAUCAACCUAUCCCCAGGUGCAUGUCUUUGGAGGUGUGCGAAUCCUUUUCAACCUAUUAUUGGGGCGGUAUAGUGGCCAGCAACUUGAGGGUUCCAGGUUCGAUCCCCGCUUCCGCCAUCCCAGUCACUGCCGUUGUGUCCUUGGGCAAGAACACUUUACCCACCUGCUCCCAGCGCCACCCACACUGCUUUAAAUGUAACGUAGAUAUUGGGUUUCGCUAUGUAAAGCGCUUAGAGUCACUAGAGAAAAGCGCUAUAUAAAUAUAAUUCACUUCACUAUAUUCAUUUGAAUAGACUGCAAAGACAAUAUAUUUAACCUUCGAACAUAAACUUGAUUUUUGGCAAAUAUCAGCUCAUGUGGAAUUGGGCGCCUGCAAUGUGUUUAAAAAAAGCUGGCACAAGUGGCAAAAAGGACUGAGAAAGUUGAGGAAUGCUCAUCACACACUUAUUGGUGAACAGGCAGGUGCUGUGAUCGGGUGUGAAAAAAAAAUGUUCAGUCAUUCAUAAACAAGGAUGGGGGCGAGGAUCACUACUCUGUGAACAAAUGCGUGGGCAAAUUGUAGAACAGUUUAAGAACAUUUCUAAACGAGCUAUUGCAAGGAAUUUUGAGAUUUCAUCAUGUACGGUCCGUUAUAUCAUCAACAGGUUCAGAGGAUCUGGAGAAAUCACUGCACGUAAGCGAUGAUAUUACAGACCUUGGAUACCUCAGGCGGUGCUGCAUCAAAAAGUGACUUCAGUGUGUAAAGGAUAUCACCACGUGAGUUCAGGAACACUUCAAAAAACCACUGUCAGUAACUACAGUUUGUCGCUACAUCUGUAAGUGCAAGUUAAAACUCUACUAUGCGAAGCCAAAGCCGUUUAUCAACAACACCCAGAAAGGCCACCGGCUUCGCUGGGCCCGAGAUCAUAUAAGAUGGACUGAUGCAAAGUGGAAAAGUGUGGUCUGACGAGUCCACAUUUCAAAUUGUUUUUGGAAACUGUGGACGUUGUGAGAGAGGAGAGGAAAAGAACCAUCCGGAUUGAUCUCGGCGCAAAGUUUAAAAAGCCAGCAUCUCCGAUGGUAUGGAGGUGCAUUAGUGCCCAAGGCAUGGGUAACUUACACAUCUGUGAAGGCACCAUUAAUGCUGAAAGGUCCAUACAGGUUUUGGAGCAACAAAUGUUGUCAUCCAGGCAACGUUAUCAUGGGCGCCCCUGCUUAUUUCAGCAAGACGAUGCCAAGCCACAUGUUACAACAGCGUGGCUUCAUAGGUGUGAAUGAAUAAUGGGUUCCCACUGCUCUGUGAGCGCUUUGAGUAUCUAACAAUAGAAAAGCGCGAUAUAAAUCUAAUCCAUUAUUAUUAUUAUUAUAGUAAAAGAGUGCGGGUACUACACUGGCCUGCCUGUAGUCCAAAAUGUGUGGAACAUUAUGAAGCCUAAAAUAGCACAAUGCAGUCUGUUCAAUUGAAUAGAAGUUGAAAAGGAUUUGCAAAUCAUUGAAUUCUGUUUUUAUUUACCAUUUACACAAGGUUCUAACGUCACUGGUUUUGGGUUUUGGGUUUUGGAAAUUCCGAAAUUUACCACAAGUAACGGUAUGUUGUAGUUUUCUUUUUUGAUCGAAUAUCCAUCCAAUUUUCUACCCCUUGUCGCUUUCGGGGUUGCGGAUGUAAUUCAAAUAUUUCACCAGUAGGUAAAGUUACGGCUUUCUGUUCUUUUUAUCGAAUUCAUAUUUAGGACUUUUUAGGCUUUUCGUUUAACUGUCAUAUUUUCAGACAAUAUUUGCAUGUUUUAAGGUUGAGAGAGUGUGAGGCGAGUGAUGAAAUAGUUGAUAGUCAACUGCACAAGUACAACAAUAUUCACUGUAUUCACAAAUCG